UUAAUAGUGCUGCAAAGCACCAGCCUGGCUGCCCUGGCUGCAGCCCUCCAGGGUCCCUGAGGACACUGUAAAAAACAGCUUCUUCAGGGUUUGACCUGAACCAAAUGCCAGUUUGACCUUCCUCCAAACCACUGGACAGUGGACAAAUUUCCAGCUGACUUGUAAAAAUUAUUCAGAACACCUGAGCUGCCUGCCAGGCUGUAAUUUGCUCCUACUCACCACCUGCAUCUCUUCCUCCCCACCCAAAGCUACCUCUCCCACCUUAAUUCUCACUCUUUGGCUAUAGCUAGCAGGUGUUUCUUCAUCUUUUACAGCUGGUCAGCUUUUCCUGCUCUCUUUAAAGUGCUGCAGUGUGGCAUUGAUGGUGGUGUGAUCACUCUGAGGAGUUGAGGGUGGUUGUGUUUAGGGGCUGAAUGAACUGCUGUAGGGAGCAAAACUCUUCCCCUCUGGGUCUUAGGAAGGAACUUUGGACUCCUGACCUAGCAGGGUGGGCUGGUGUGAGGAUGGGAAGUGUGGGGAAUGAGAGGUCUCUGUGCUCAGUGGUUGUGGACUGCUUCCCAUGCUUCAGGACUCAGCCUCUAGGAGAUGUGCUCCCUGAACUCAUCAAGCACGGCCGGGAGAGGAUAGAACAAACCAUCAAGGCCUCGGGCUCCAGGCUCUGCUCGUAUGCUGAGCGAGUUGUUUUUUUAAUGGAUCGUUCCCGGAGCCCAGACAAAAGCACCCAGCCUUCAACACCAACUGACAACAUCAACCUUGGACCUUCUGCUAACCCCAAUGCCAAGCCAACAGACUUUGACUUCCUGAAGGUUAUUGGCAAAGGAAGCUUUGGAAAAGUUCUCCUGGCCAAACGCAAGUGUGAUGGGACAUUCUAUGCCGUGAAAGUCUUGCAUAAGAAAACCAUCCUCAAGAAAAAGGAGCAAAACCACAUCAUGGCAGAACGCAACGUGCUCCUGAAGAAUGUCAAGCACCCCUUCCUUGUGGGACUCCACUAUUCCUUCCAGACCUCAGAGAAACUUUACUUUGUGCUUGACUAUGUAAAUGGAGGAGAGCUUUUCUUCCACUUGCAAAGGGAGCGCUGUUUCCGUGAGCCCAGGGCUCGAUUCUAUGCUGCAGAAGUUGCCAGUGCCAUUGGGUACCUGCAUUCCCUAAAUAUCAUCUACAGGGACUUAAAGCCUGAGAACAUCCUCCUGGACUGCCAGGGACACAUAGUAUUGACAGAUUUCGGACUCUGCAAAGAAGGAAUGGAGCAAGAGGAGACGACUUCUACCUUUUGUGGCACUCCUGAGUACCUGGCUCCUGAGGUGCUAAAGAAGCAGCCCUAUGACAGGACAGUAGACUGGUGGUGCCUAGGAGCUGUCCUCUAUGAAAUGCUCUUUGGACUGCCUCCUUUUUACAGCCGGGAUGUAUCUCAGAUGUAUGACAACAUUCUGCAUAAGCCACUACAGAUCCAAGGAACCAAGACUGUGGCAGCUUGUGACAUCAUCCAGGGACUUCUCCACAAGGAUCAGAAGAGGAGGCUGGGUGCCAAAACAGACUUUCUCGAGAUAAAGAACCACGUAUUCUUCAGCCCAAUAAACUGGGAUGAUUUGUAUCACAAGAGGAUUACUCCCCCAUUCAACCCCAAUGUGGCUGGCCCAGCUGAUCUGCGACACUUUGAUCCCGAGUUCACCCAAGAAGCCAUCUCUGCCUCCAUCACCCGCACACCUGACCUAGCAGCCAGCAGCUCCAGUGCCUCAGAUGCAUUUUUAGGAUUUUCAUAUGCACCAACUGAAGAGGACAUUUAAGUUUUAUAAAGGCUCUGUGAAGCCAUAUUUUAAACAAAUGGGUUUUAUGUUUAUUUUCUUCUUUUCUUUUUCUGUAUUGUCCUUUGCUCAUGGUUUAAGGAAACUGGCACUAACACACUAAUUGGCUGGGAUGGAACAGAGCUCUUAAUUUUUGCUGUUUGGUGGAUUUUAUCCCUAAAUGAAUAUUUCCCUGGCAGGGAAAGUGGGACACUAUGAUUUUCCCAUAUGUUUUGUGCUACGUGGCAGAAUUGUAUUCACUCUGUGGUUGUAUUUAUGGCUGAGGUAUAUGCCACCAUCAUUCACAUCAACAAUGUCUCCAUAACUGGACAUUUUUUUUUUUUUUGUGGAGCUAUGCUCAGCUGUGUCCAAUGUCUUUCCCCAAGCCCUCAACAGAAAAGGACAUCACCAUCACCAUUAACACUGGCUCCUUCCUUUAAGGAGCUCUGUCACUCAAGCUGCUCAUCCUGGGCCGAGUGAAAAACUGUUCAUCAGUUAUUGCUCCAAAGGCAGCUGCAGAUCUGUAAAUCCUGAACUGCACUGUGGCCUUUCAUGCCAGCCUGAUCCUCCUCAAAGUGUGUGGAUCUUCCUUCUGGUCCAAGACUGGGAUGUUACAUGAGUAACAUGAGCAAUGAGGCUGUGAUGGGGGAACCCCUGUGUAGCAGGAAAAUCCCAGAUCAAAGCAGAGGGUGGGGAAAGAGGCUGAGUUGCUUGGAAAAAUAAAAAUAACUUUCUAGCUGAACUCAGGGUGGGGGUGCUUUCACAGCAUGUGCUUGACUUGCACCAGGCACACCAACACUUCUGUGCUGAGCACAGGGCAGUGAACAGCGAGUGGUGGCCAGGCUCCAGCACUCACCUGAAAAUGCCCAUCACUGAUGUGGAACAGUUAUUUAUUCUG